AUACACAAAACAAAAGUUAAAGAGCCACUCAUUUCAUAUCUUCACAAAUUGGUAAAUAAUAAUACAAAUAAAUUCGAUUUUCUAACAAAACUAUUUUCUUAGAACCCCCCAAACAAAAACACUCCCAAAAUCACCAUGAACAGCAGCAGCAGCAGUAAAAAACACAAAUCUUCCUCAAGCGAAGAUCAAAAAAGUAGUAGUAAAAAAGCUAAAAACGAAUUUAUUCGUCUAGCAGUCUCCACUUAUAUGAAAGACAAACGAUAUGUUUCGACAAAAAAAAUACGCCGCACAGAUUUCAAUCUAUCCCAAGCUAAUAAGCAAUUUUUCUUUAACAAAAUGAUCAAAAAUGAUGCAUUUAUAAAUAAUUUCUUUUUAUUUUCAAAUGUCACAUGUAAUUCUACAAAUUACAAAUUUAUAAAUGAUCAAUUUAAGAAAUUUGCAGAUUUUGUAGAGUUGCAAAAGUUGGAGAUAAAAAUUCAACUUCGUCGAUUUUAUGGUCCAAUUAUAUGUCAUUUAUAUUUAGAAAUUUUAAAGGGAAGAGAGUCUUCUCAGGCAAUGGACUUUUUACGUAAUAAUGUUCAUCAUAUUCCUUCUGAUAAUGAUUCCAUUGGACGAGUUAAAACUAACUCUGAAAAUGACAAUAAUACUUCCACUAAUUUUAAGGGAAGAUAUUUCAUUAAUCUUGUCAAACUUUUGUUUGCCUGUCCAAAUCUUGAUGCGGCAGAAAAUGUCCGUGAAAUCAUAGCCUUUCGAAGUUCCAAAUUCGAAAUCGAUGUUAAUAUCGAUGCCAUUCAGAUUUUGAAUGAGUUUCUUAAAAAUCAUGCAAAUGUCAUGCUUUUAAGUACAAUCCAUACUUGGAUCCACAUCAAUGUAACUGAUGUCAAAGAUCAUAAGUCGGAUAAUAUGAUUUUUAUCAAAGAAAAAGAACGUAGGCAAUUGACUGAAAUGAAGCCACCAUUGCCACCUACGAAAGGGGUAAAAAAAGAACCUUUAGACCCAUCGAAGGGUCCACAGGCAAAUGUCUUUCAGACUGCUCUUAAAAAUAUAAAUCACAUAAUGUUGGAAAUGAAAAGGAUCCAACAGGAUUAUCCACAUUAUGUGAAAGUCUUUGAUCCUGACAAGUUCUUGACUUCGGGACAUUGUGAUAGAAAUCAAUGUCAUGUUGCAGCGGGAUUUGAUGAUUCUGUGGUAAAGCUUUGGCAACAUAGUAGCCAAAUGCUGAGGGGAAAAAAUGUAUAUACAAGUUAUAAUGAGUCCAUAUGCCCUUGGAAUGUGAAUAAUCAAUUCACUGAAGAGGAGGAAGAUAAAGAGGACUUAGAUAAAGCAAUUGAAGAAGACGAAUUCCCGGUUGGAAUGAAUAAUCAGGCUUCCUCCGGAGAGAUUCUUCUGCGAGGUCAUAGCAGAGGAGUAACUGAUCUUCGAUUUUCAUCCCACUAUCCUAUUUUACUGACAGUCUCAAAAGACGAAUCAAUGAGAUGUUGGUCAGCUAAUAACUAUAAUUGCUCUAGAAUCUACAAUGGCCAUACUAAUCCAAUUUGGUGUGUCAAUGAGAGUCCUAUAAGCUCUUAUGUUGCAACUGGUUCUAAAGAUCUUACAGCACGUUUAUGGAGCCUCGAAAGAGAUUUUCCAUACAUCACUUAUAUCGGUCACACUCAAGAUGUAAACUGUCUUGCAUUUCAUCCAAAUGGUAGUUAUAUUGCAACUGGCUCGGAUGAUUUUUCAGUUCGUCUUUGGUCAGUGGCAACUGGGAAAGUUUUUCGAGUAUUUUCGGAAUCAAAACAACCAAUUACUACGUUGGCUUUUAGUCCUGAUGGGAAAUUUUUAGCUGCAGCAGGAGAUGAGAGAAAAAUUCGAAUAUUAGAUUUAGCAGCUGGGCAGCAACUUUCUGAGUUGAAAGAACAUAGUACAAGUGUAACGAGUAUUGCUUGGAGUACAAAUGGUCAGCGAAUUGCAUCGGGGAGUAGUGAUGGAGUUUUGAAAAUUUGGAAUAUUCAUAAAUUGGAAGGAUUAAAUUUGAAAAAUGAAAGCAGUAGUACAGUUUCAACGACGACAAGUAGUACACCAACGCCAACAACAUUUUCUAGCAAUAAUCUUAGUCGAAUUUGUAAAGUUGAGUAUAAUGCCGAUAAUGUGCUUACAGUUAUUGGUAGAAAGUAAGAAAUGUUUAAUUUAAUUUUUAUUUUUUUUUAGGUUUAGUUUUUGACAUGUAUUAAAUUUAUUUUAAAUAUAAUUGUAGUUAAUUAAUUAAUAUACAA